AGCUGCACAUGGCAACGCAAAGUGACGAGCCACAGUGUUGGGAUAUAAUCGACCACAGCCACGUGAAAGAUUUUGAAGUAGCUCAAUGGAUCAAGAUCACUCUUGCGCUCGUGUACAUUAUUGUCUUUGUGGCAGGUAUCUUGGGCAACAGUGUUACCAUCCAGACAACCAAAGUGCUACAGAAGAAAGGCUACCUCCAGAAAGAAGUUACAGACCACAUGGUGAGCCUAGCAUGCUCGGACCUACUGGUCAUCUUACUGGGGAUGCCUGUGGAGUUCUUCAGUAUGAUAUGGAGCCCAUUCUCAACUCCUAAAGGCGACCUGGCUUGCAAGUUGUACUGCUUCCUUUUUGAGGCCUGCAGCUAUGCCACGGUGUUGCAUGUGGCCACUCUAAGCUUUGAGAGGUACAUUGCCAUCUGUCACCCUUUCAAAUUCAAAGCUACAUCUGGAUCUUUCAAAGUGAAGCUUCUCAUCACCUUUGUCUGGAUAACAUCUGUCCUAGUGGCCCUCCCUCUUCUCUUUGCAAUGGGGACCGAGUACCCUCUGGAAAUCAUUCAGGGCCAUCGAGGUUUGGUGGCAUGCAAGAAGCCCCAGGGCCGGCACCAUAUGCCUGACGUGAGGCUAAAUGUGACCAUAUGCACCAGCUUGUCCUCCAGAUGGAAAGUCUUCCAGUCAAGUAUAUUCACAGCCUUUAUCGUAUAUGUUGUGAUAUUGGUAUCAGUUGCUUUUAUGUGCCGGAGUAUGAUGAAAGUCCUGAUGAUCCACAAGCAGGGGACAUUGGCGGUGAGAGGGGAGACGGAGAGUCAAAAUCAGUAUCUAAGGAAAACUGAGAAUCCUGAGAGCAGAACUUCCAGGAAACAGACAAUUCUCUUCCUAGGACUGAUUGUUGCAACUCUGGCCAUUUGCUGGCUGCCAAAUCAAGUUCUAAGGAUCAUGGCUGCUGCUAGACCUAAGCAGGACUGGACCGUCUCCUACUUCAGAGCAUACAUCACCCUCCUCCCCAUCGCCGACACUUUCUUCUACCUCAGCUCCGUCGUGAACCCACUGCUCUACAACAUCUCCUCCAAGCAGUUCCGGGCCGUCUUUCUUCAGGUCAUCCGUUGUCAACGCCUGAAGCUAGAUCAUAUCAACAAGCAGAAGUUUUUAAGAGCCAAUUUGGAUUCCAUAGCCAGUGACAGCCGUUACAGGCGCCCAUUGCUCUUCAUGUCAUCCAGGCGCAAGUCUUCUACGAAAUCGGCUAACAAGGUUUCCUUAAGUACUUUUCAGAGUGAGUCCAAGCCUGACUGCAGUUUGCAGAAAUUGAGUCUUGAACCAGUGGAGCUGAAUGAGCAAACAAUGCCCCUGGAGACCAGCACAGACCCUAGUCCUUCUAAGCAGAAUGGCCUCUGUGAACAUGAAGUGUGAAUUCUCAUAAAA